AGCUCGGCUCAUUUCGGGUUUCUCGCCGUCUCUGUCUUGUCGUUGUGCUUCCUAGCGGCAGCCUAGUGGAAAUUUAAUCAAAGAUGUCUGAAUAUAUUCGGGUAACAGGAGAUGAGAACGAUGAACCAAUUGAAAUACCAUCAGAAGACGAUGGAACAGUAUUACUGUCCACAGUCACAGCCCAGUUUCCAGGGACAUGUGGCCUGCGCUACUGGAAUCCAGUAUCUCAGUGUAUGCGAGGCGUCCGGCUGGUGGAGGGAAUUCUGCACGCUCCAGAUGCUGGCUGGGGCAAUCUGGUAUAUGUUGUCAACUAUCCCAAAGAUAACAAAAGAAAAAUGGAUGAGACGGAUGCUUCCUCAGCUGUGAAAGUGAAAAGAGCAGUCCAAAAAACAUCUGAUCUAAUAGUGUUGGGUCUCCCCUGGAAAACAACAGAACAGGAUCUUAAAGAUUAUUUCAGUACUUUUGGAGAGGUUCUUAUGGUUCAGGUCAAGAAAGAUCUUAAAACUGGUCACUCAAAAGGGUUUGGGUUUGUUCGAUUUACGGAAUAUGAAACCCCAGUGAAAGUAAUGUCACAACGACAUAUGAUAGAUGGGUGAUGGUGUGACUGUAAACUUCCGAAUUCUAAGCAAAGCCCAGAUGAGCCUUUAAGGAGCAGAAAGGUGUUUGUUGCACGUUGUACAGAGGACAUGACUGCUGAAGAGCUUCAACAGUUCUUUUGUCAGUAUGGAGAAGCGGUAGAUGUCUUCAUUCCCAAACCAUUCAGAGCUUUUGCCUUUGUUACCUUUGCAGAUGAUAAGGUUGCUCAGUCUCUUUGUGGAGAGGACUUGAUCAUUAAAGGAAUCAGCGUGCAUAUAUCCAAUGCUGAACCUAAGCAUAAUAGCAAUAGAAAGUUAGAAAGAAGUGGAAGAUUUGGUGGUAAUCCAGGUGGCUUUGGGAAUCAGGGUGGGUUUGGUAACAGUAGAGGGGUUGGAGCUGGCUUGGGAAAUAACCAGGGUGGUAAUAUGGGUGGAGGGAUGAACUUUGGAGCUUUUAGCAUUAAUCCAGCGAUGAUGGCUGCAGCCCAGGCAGCAUUGCAGAGCAGUUGGGGUAUGAUGGGCAUGUUAGCCAGCUAGCAGAACCAGUCAGGCCCAUCUGGUAAUAACCAAAGCCAGGCCAGCAUGCAGAGGGAACCAAAUCAGGCUUUUGGUUCUGGAAAUCAUUCCUACAGUGCUUCUAAUUCUGGUGCCCCCUUUGGUUGGGAAUCAGCAUCAAAUGCAGGGUCAGGCAGUGGUUUUAAUGGAGGCUUUGGCUCAAGCAUGGAGUCUAAUAAAUCCUCUGGCUGGGGAAUGUAGGCAGUGGGGGUGGUUGAUUGGUUGGUGGUGGGUAGGUAGGUAGGGUAGGUAGGUAUAGAAUGGUGGGGUUCAAA